ACGACGAGUUUAAAAGCAAAAUCUCGGCGGAAAAAACUGUCACCGGGCCAAACAUCAGCUGACGAGACACCCAAAUAAAAAUCAGUAUUGCAGUCGUAUGCGUCACAUUUCAUAAUGAAUCCCAUCGUGAGGUCUUGCACAAAUUUGGUUAAGCCCAGCAGCUUUCUGAGAGCAAUAACAACUGGAAAUGUGACUUCAGCUGGAUUUGAUGAUCUGCAUCAUCCGGAGGGUCAUGAGCCGGGUAUCCCUCCUUACGUGGAGCGUGAAGCCGAAAAUGUUGAUUUGAAACGCGCUAGAUUAAUCUAUCAAUCCCGUAAACGUGGAAUGCUGGAGAACGGUCUUCUCCUGAGUACCUUCGCCAAAAAGUACCUGAAUGAAUUCGACGAUCACAAGCUCAGCCUAUACGAUCGUCUAAUUAACAUCCCCUCCAACGACUGGGACAUCUUCUACUGGGCGGUGGGUGUCAAACCAACCCCCGAAGAAUUCAACAACGAAGUGAUGGACCUCCUGAAGAAGCACGUGAAAAACGACGACAGACAAUCGCGAAUAGUCCAGCCCGAUCUCUACUAAAUACCCCAGUCAACACAUAGUAUUUAUUCUUUCACUAGAAUGUAUCUUUAUUCAUUAGGUAGAAAAAUAUACAACAUUGAGUCUUAAAAUAUAAUCGAACAAUCCCCAUCUACUAUUGUACACAUCAACUCUUGGUCUUCGCUAAACUUCCAAAAUUAUCUGUAUUCAACCGACUCUUCCAAACAAAUAACGAACGAAAAAAAAUGAGAGCUCCGACGAUCCUGAAUUCAAAGCGACAGACACCCCAAAAUCGCUUUCAUCUUACACAUCACACCUCGAGCCCCACUAUCUCAUAAGACGACAACUAAAUAAACCAGAGUCAACAAAUACCACUGAUCCUCUCACUAUGACAUAUCUUUAUUCAUUAAGUAGAAAAAUAUAAAACAUUGAGUCUUAAAAUAUAAUCGAACAAUCCCCAUCUACUAUUGUACACAUCAACUCUUGGUCUUCGCCAAACUUGCAAAAUUAUCUUUAUUCAACUGACUCUUCCAAACAAAUAACGAACGAAAAAAAAUUGAGAGCUCCGACGAUCCUGAAUUCAAAUCGACAGACACCCCAAAAUCGCUUUCAUCUUACACAUCACACCUCGAGCCCCACUAUCUCAUAAGACGACAACUAAAUAAACCAGAGUCAACAAAUACCACUGAUCCUCUCACUAUGA